CCCGCAGGUUGGCUGAGAUCUUUGUACAGCAUGAGGACAGAAUCCAUGGAGCUGGCUGGGAUCCAUAAUCCCAGUGUUUGCGGGUCUGCUGGUGAUCUUGAGGAGGAUGAAUGCAUAAAUGCAGCCGUUGGCAUUGUGCUCAACCAGCCUACAACUCCACCUGGACCACAGAGAAAACGUAAUAACAGGACUCCAUCCAUCAUACGGUUACUGUCACCAGUAGCCUUCUGUUGGGUUGUGUUGGUAAUAAUCACUGGUCUGCGCAUCCAUUAUACUUCGGUCAUUUCUGCUAAGUUGAAGGACUUGGAGGACGUCAAGCAACAACUCAAUUUUCUGAAAUUCCCAGAAAACUUGAAGGAAAUUGUGCAGCUGACUGCAGUUAAUCUGCGACUGAGUGAAGAAAACCACAAGCUAGCAGCUGAAGUCCAGAUACUACAAGCAGAUUUAUUGAGAUUACUGCGAAAACAAGACACCUCUACAAAAGACUGGAGAGAACCCCAAUUUGAGUGGACAACACCGAUGCCUGAAGAACAACGCUACUACUACAAAACACCCCGUCCUUACACCAACAGACCACGCUACUACAUCACGCCCCGUCCUUACACCAACAGACCACGCUACUACAUCACGCCCCGUCCUUACACCAACAGACCACGCUACUACAUCACGCCUCGUCCUUACACCAGCAGACCACGCUACUACAUAAGACAAAAUCCUUUCAAGAGACCACAUUACUACUACAUCACGCCCCGUCCUUACACCAACAGACCACCCUACUACAUCACGCCCCGUCCUUACACCAACAGACCACGCUACUACAUCACGCCCCGUCCUUACACCAACAGACCACGCUACUACAUCACGCCCCGUCCUUACACCGACAGACCACGCUACUACAUCACCCCCCGUCCUUACACCAACAGACCACGCUACUACAUCACGCCCCGUCCUUACACCGACAGACCACGCUACUACAACAUCACCCCCCGUCCUUACACCAACAGAUCACGCUACUACACCACACCACAUCCUUACACCGACAGACCACGCUACUACAUCACGCCCCGUCCUUACACCAACAGACCACGCUACUACAUCACGCCUCGUCCUUACACCAACAGACCACGCUACUACAUCACGCCUCGUCCUUACACCAACAGACCACGCUACUACAUCACGCCCCGUCCUUACACCAACAGACCACGCUACUACAUCACGCCUCGUCCUUACACCAACAGACCACGCUACUACAUCACGCCCCGUCCUUACACCAACAGACCACGCUACUACAUAAGACAAAAUCCUUUCAAGAGACCACAUUACUACUACAACAUACCCCGUCCUUACACCAACAGACCACCCUACUACAUCACGCCCCGUCCUUACACCAACAGACCACGCUACUACAUCACGCCCCGUCCUUACACCAACAGACCACGCUACUACAUCACGCCCCGUCCUUACACCAACAGACCACGCUACUACAUCACGCCCCGUCCUUACACCGACAGACCACGCUACUACAUCACCCCCCGUCCUUACACCAACAGACCACGCUACUACAUCACGCCCCGUCCUUACACCGACAGACCACGCUACUACAACAUCACCCCCCCGUCCUUACACCAACAGAUCACGCUACUACAUCACGCCUCGUCCUUACACCAACAGACCACGCUACUACAUCACGCCUCGUCCUUACACCAACAGACCACGCUACUACAUCACGCCUCGUCCUUACACCGACAGACCACGCUACUACAACAUCACCCCCCGUCCUUACACCAACAGAUCACGCUACUACAUCACGCCUCGUCCUUACACCAACAGACCACGCUACUACACCACGCCUCGUCCUUACACCAACAGACCACGCUACUACAUCACGCCCCGUCCUUACACCAACAGACCACGCUACUACAUCACGCCUCGUCCUUACACCAACAGACCACGCUACUACAUCACGCCCCGUCCUUACACCAACAGACCACGCUACUACAUAAGACAAAAUCCUUUCAAGAGACCACAUUACUACUACAACAUACCCCGUCCUUACACCAACAGAUCACGCUACUACACCACACCACAUCCUUACACCGACAGACCACGCUACUACAUCACGCCCCGUCCUUACACCAACAGACCACGCUACUACAUCACGCCUCGUCCUUACACCAACAGACCACGCUACUACACCACGCCUCGUCCUUACACCAACAGACCACGCUACUACAUCACGCCCCGUCCUUACACCAACAGACCACGCUACUACAUCACGCCUCGUCCUUACACCAACAGACCACGCUACUACAUCACGCCCCGUCCUUACACCAACAGACCACGCUACUACAUCACGCCCCGUCCUUACACCAACAGACCACGCUACUACAUCACGCCCCGUCCUUACACCGACAGACCACGCUACUACAUCACCCCACGUCCUUACACCAACAGACCACGCUACUACAUCACGCCCCGUCCUUACACCGACAGACCACGCUACUACAUCACCCCCCGUCCUUACACCAACAGACCACGCUACUACAUCACGCCCCGUCCUUACACCAACAGACCACGCUACUACAUCACGCCCCGUCCUUACACCGACAGACCACGCUACUACAUCACCCCCCGUCCUUACACCGACAGACCACGCUACUACAUCACCCCCCGUCCUUACACCAACAGAUCACGCUACUACAUAAGACAAAAUCCUUUCAAGAGACCACAUUACUACUACAAAACACCCCGUCCUUACACCAACAGACCACGCUACUACACCACACCACGUCCUUACACCGACAGACCACGCUACUACAUCACGCCCCGUCCUUACACCGACAGACCACGCUACUACAUCACCCCCCGUCCUUACACCGACAGACCACGCUACUACAUAAGACAAAAUCCUUUCAAGAGACCACAUUACUACUACAACAUACCCCGUCCUUACACCAACAGACCAACAGACCACCCUACUACACCACACCACAUCCUUACACCAACAAACCACAUUAUUUCCAGACAUCACCAAGUUACUUCCACGGCAGAAAAAAAAGGCAAACUGAACCUUGCCUGCAAGGCUGGCUCCACUUCCAGUCCAGCUGUUAUAUGAUUAGCAGCCAGAACUAUGCCGAUUCGAAGACCUGGAACGAAGCCCGAGAGGACUGCAGAUUAAGGGACGCAGAUUUGGUCAUUGUUAGGAGUCCUGAGGAGCAGGACUUGAUCUAUAAAACAAGCUUUACUGGUGAAGGAACCAGCAGCUACUGGAUUGGCCUCAGGAUGGAAGGUGGUGACUGGAAGUGGGUCAAUGAAAAUGUUCUAACACACAGCUAUUGGCUGCAACCACCUGCUGAGGAGCUUAACUGUGUGACGUCUGUUAAGGAGGCCAACGGAUGGAAAUCUGUGAGCUGUGAUGACAAAAAUGGUUGGAUCUGCCAACAAAAAGCUCUGUCUGCAUGA